UAUUCUUUUUAUAAUUAACGAUUUCUGCAUCUGUGUUUCUAAGCAGUAAGCAACCUCACCUGGCGCCAUCGAGUGAUAUACAACUGACGCGAGACCAUGGGCGCUGCUGCGGCUCGUUCAGUGUGAACACACCUUUAAUCAUGAUAAAGUUGACCCAUUUAUAGCACACCCAACUGCCCUGGCGAAUUAUUGAAUGAUCACAAUUGAAAAAUUGUGUUUUUCCAGGAUUCAAUAUCAUAACUAUAGUAAAAAAUUGGCAUAGUAUUUACAAAUGGACUGCUGGAACUUGUUAUGAUAAACAAAGGGUGAUUACAGAUUUACAGUCUUGAUAAUAAUUGACCAUGAGUGAGUGAAAUACUAAAAUAAUGGAUGAAAAGGUGAAAUCACUAUCUCUGGAUGAGGUUAUGUGUCCUGUAUGCUUGGAUAUAUUCAUUGAACCAAUUACUAUGUCCUGCUCCCAUGAGUUGUGCAAUGAAUGUUAUCAGCAACAUUUCAAAAAUUGUAAUUUUGAGUGUCCAAUGUGCAAAAAGAGGCUCAGUACGUGGGCUAGAAGGGCAAGUGCUCAAGGAAAAUUAAUAAACAAAUCAAAAUGGGCAAAAAUACAGGAGGAAUAUCCAGAUUUAGUUGCUCGUCGCCUCGAUGGAAAAAGUAACAGUCAAACUUUUAUGCAAACAGAGCCUGUGGAUUUAUCUAUAGCAGAACCGGGGGAGUUGCAAGAGGAAUACCUCACAAUGCGACAAGAGUGGCUUCUAGAAAGUUCUUCCCAGCGAAGAGAACAAGAAGAAGCAUCUUUAAAUCUGAUCAAACAAAUUCAAGAAGAAGAAAAAAAUGAAAUCGAGCGACGACAAAAAAUUCAACAGGAAGCUGAUCAACAACUUGCUAUAAAACUCAGUAAAGAGUUGGAGAUGAAUGUUAGUCCAAGUCUGGUCAAUAAAAUAAUUCUACGGCCACGCAAAGUACUUACCUCGAUAUGUGAAAAUUCUCCGAAUACUAGCGAGGUCAAAAGAAAAUCAAUGCCUAUAUCUACUAGAAAGACACGAAAACGUAAAAGAAGCCAAGUAUAACCUAAUGAAUUUCAACCCAUCUGUUUGUUUUGUGAGACUCGAAUGGUUAUGCUAAUUAAUGGAACCUUUCAAACUAAAAUUAGUAACAAACUAAAAUUGUUGAGUUUGAGAAUGUUCAUUUUACUGUGAUUUCUAACACUGUAGGUGAUUUAUCAAGUAUCAAAAUAAUUUGGAGAGAAGUUGUAACUUGCUCUUGUUGAGAACAAUUUAAUAUCUAAUGUUCCAGUCAUGAAUAAUAUUAAUAACUAUGUUCGCAUCGAAGGUAAAAAAUAUCUAGUUUACACAGUUGCUCCUUUGCAUAUCUGUGACUACUUAUACAGAGCCUUGUUCAAGAAUGCUCACACACCUUUCUCUCCACUAGUGUGUAAAAAUUGGUGCGUAAUUCUGAACUGGGAAUAUUCUUAUAUAAAUACUAUGUUCUAUGCAUAUUUACCGCUGCUCAUACAUGGUCUUGUUCAAAAGUGUUAAAAAAAACUUACCUAUUUCUAAUAAAUUUAAAAUGCUUCUCA